ACAUCCUUGCCUAUCAACUUUUUGUAUUCAGAUUUCUGAUUUCUUGAAGUUUUUGUGAUUAAACUUCCUUCAAAAUCGGUUAAUUAACGAAAGUAGACUCGAAAUUAAUAAACACUGAGUAGGGUGAUCCAUGUAGUUCAUUCAGUAAACGAAAUUCAGUGUAUUGAAAUUCAAAAGUAACGAGCUUUCAAUUGAAAUCUACGGAUAUCAGAUCCACCAUCCGAACGAAAUCGUAUAAAUAAUCCAUCAACUUAGAAGGAAGUGUUAUGAUUUAGAAGACAAAUCAUUAUCAAUGGACCAACUAAGACGAAAACCCACCUCAGACUUCGCUUACCAAGACGUAUCAAAACGUAAAGAUAAGAAUCGCUCUCACCAUAAAUCGUACUACAACCGUACACCAGACUGGCACCAGUACGAAUCAUCCGAAUUCUCGGUCGGACAAUGGAAUUCACAAGCAGGCCAAAGACUCUACCCGACCAUGUCUGACUCAGCAGUAUGCGGUUACUCAUUACCAUGCGAUUACACCAUAAACUCCGGAUAUCAAUUUUACCCCGUUUGUUCACCCAUGUAUCCGAUCGGAUUAGAAUACUCUCGUCGUCGUGUAACCCGUAGAAAGAGUAAAUUUCCCCACGACACCGAAUCGCCCAGCAAUAGCGCUUCGAAUUUCACUAGUUUACCUCCGGUCAAUCUGGAAGACGUUAAUUGUAACCAAAAAAGACGUUUUAGCGAUCCCGGCUUGAAUAACGUAGACGAGUCGAACGAAGCUAGCAGCGAAUCUUCCGACGUCGACGAGUACGACGCCGUCAACGAAUCGUUGAUCGAGCAAAUUACCGAAUUGAAGAGCGACAAUAAAAGGCUCGUUACCGAGUUGGAAACAACCAAAGACGAAUUGAAAACUGUUAAAUCUCAAGUGUCGGCGAUAUCUAGUAAAAUUUCGUGCCAUGAACCGUUAUCUUUAGCUCAAAUGGUCAAAGAAAUUCGCGACGCUGCUCAGAUUCGAGAAAACGUUUUACUUUCCAAAGUUGAAGCUUUAAUAGAAAAAUGUUCGAAUACCAAAAAUAUGACAAACAUAUCAAACGAAAUAGAUUCGUUGAAGAAACGAAUUUCAUCGCUGGAACAUCAACUAGAUCAUUUGCGAAUACAUUCCAAAGUCGAUGGUAAAAUAAACGGUAACGCGACACCUUCCGAGAUCGAUGCUAUUCAUAAAAAAAGGAUUGAAAAAUCAGAUAAACUUUCCAAAUCAUUAGAUAUCGAAACGGUGAAAAAAGAAGACUCCGGUAAUUUGGAUUCGGUGAAUUCCGAUGCUCAAGAAACCGGCUCAGAUUGUAACGGGAAUUCCCUUAGUACAGUAAGUUGCGAAUCUCUGUCCAGCAGCUUAGGACCGGGCUCGUUGCACUCGGCACAUGUAACCUUAUGCGGACCGGUUACUGAUUUAUGACCCAUGCUAUCUUUAAAUUUUCUCUGUGUCCGAGCACCACCGUAAUGACAAAUAAUAAUUUAAAAAAUUAACAUUUUUUUUUCUAGCUCAACUUUUUCAUAACGAUUCGUUCAUCGUUUUUCUUUACGUGAUGUUUUUUUUUUCUAACAUAAAUUCUUAUCUACCUAUUUUUUUAAGUCAUUCAAAACCUUAUUUUCUUUUUCUAUUGUUCUAGAUUAUUUGAAACCGAAGAAUUUCCUAACUCGCGAUUUAAUUUUUCGUACUAACUCGAAAAUCGCGAUCGGGGCUUUACUAAAAAAAAUUCGGAGCUGUUCGAGACGAUUUACAAUCUUUUCUACUCUUGGUUUUUCUUUUUAAAUUUCUGUCUAUUCUACUUAUAAUACGGUAUAUAAUGAUAAAAUCGUGUUCUCAAUUGUUUCUUUUUUUUUAGUACUACCUUUUGUUACGGGAUACAUUUUUUCCCUUAUGCAUGUUGUUAUUUUGUAUACCUAUCUAUACUACAUAGUAUGACUGAUUGAUAAUGCUUUUUGUUCUUACUUAAUAUAGUCCGGGUAUUUGCUGUUCCGGUUGUGAAGUACCUUGUUGUGAUGAAUUUUUUUGUUUUCUCAACUCGAUAAGGCUGACGCUGUGUAAUUUCUUCUUCGGAUGUACCUACGUUAAAACAUAGAUACGUUAUUUUUAUAUACGACAUUUUUUUUUUUUUGCAACAUAUCAACCAACAACGCCGUUGUGUAUUAUUGAUAAGAGUAAAAAUUAACGAGGCGAUAAUCGUUGUAUUGUUAACCUAUGUGCCUUAUAUACUUUUAUUAAUUUACAUUUGUUAUCACUUUGUUCUGUUCUUUUUCAUAAUUUUUUUUUCUCUUUCGGGGUAUACUACGUUUAUAUUCACACGUACUAUAAUAAUUAUUAAGACAAUUAAUUUUUUUUUUCUUUCUUUUCAAAUGAACUGUUACCAUUUAAUAA